AUGGAUUUCAUGUCAAAAGCAGCCGGCAUGGGGAAAACCACCGCAAUGUGCACCACGCUGCUGCAAGCCAUCGACCGCUACAUCGUUGGAACCAAGACCGCUUCCGUUGCAGUCUGCGAGUUCCACAGCACCAUCCGUACGCUCGACUACUCGAUCGUCGAAAUAUCCAAGCUUCUGCACCAGCGCGGCCCCGAAGUCCUACCCUUUGAGCGUAAACACCAUGAGCACAUCCAAAACAUUGUUAACUCGUGCACGUGUACGCUCGAGAGUCUGGAGACGAAGCUCCACGAUGGCCAGCGGCAGCAGGACGAGGAGGCCGCCCUCGAAACAGGGGGGAUUGACUUUGAUCUGGCUUUGGAGUCCAGUACAAUCAGACAGCUGACAAGCCUUAUAAAAAGCUACAAUAACGUUCUGCAGCUGAGUAUGAUAACGCUGAGUCUCACAGUGACUUGGGCUGCAGAAGGAAGCCAGGGAGAGAUUAGGAAAAUGGUACGGCAGUUGGCCGAUUCUAUGCCACAACUGCGUCUCAAAAGACCGGGUGUGCAGCCAAACUCCCCAUUUCUCAUCGAUAUGAACGACGGGAUGACCAAGGUCAACAUUUCGAUACCUCACGAGGUUCGAGCUUGGAGGCUUUCGGCUGAAAAGGUUGCUGCCGCAGUGAGCUUGUACGAACCCGAUCAAAUGUCGCAAUUCGGCUUCGAUAGCGCCAUUCAAUACAGUAAUGAUGGCCUUCGGGAGAUCAGCCCAAGCGACAGUGGUGUUGAUCUCGUCUUCGACGAGGAACCCAAGAAAAGUCCAUCUGCAAAGGCACCAGAGUCCCGGUAUGGUAACUGCGGCUAUGCAUGCCCUCACCUUUUGCAGGCUCGAUUUGAACAAGACCAAAAAGCGGUCGCUCACUUGGUUUCUUAUGGGCUUUUCGUCGAGGCUUCGAGGUUUCAGCGUAAAUGCAUCGACUAUAAAAUGUCUUUGGCCAACCUCGGUGAGGUACCAACUCCCAGGGCUGAGCUCGCAGGCAUGCAGGAGGAUCUGGCUGAGAUUCUGCUCAAGACUGGGACGCGAGAUGGCGAGAUUGAAGCUAUCGAGAUCAUUAGAGGGUUGCUGGCUGACGAUGAUAGAGAGCCGACUGAAGCCCUGGACCAGCACAGACGUUGUCGCCUAUACCACAGACUUGGAAGCAUAUACAUGCUGUCGUCUCCGAGCAAACAUGACCAGUCAGAACGACUGAAGCUGGCAAGGAAUUUCCUCACGCUCGCCUUCGAUGGUAGGAGAGAGAUGUAUCCCAUUCCGCGAGACCUAGUCCUCGAGUCUGGCGACCUUUUGGUUAGAGUAAUGCAUCUCGAACGGGACUUUGAGUCGGCGAGAGGUUACAUGGAGUGGAUACGGCAAGAGCUUCGGCCCGACCUAUCAACUCCAAUUUCAUAUAAACAACAACGGAAGCGCCUUCGGAGGCAAGCACAAAGCAGCGUCGAGGCGGUUGCCGAGGACUUUCAAGCCGAUGAAGAAGAUAGCCAGGAGCUUGUGAACGCAUGCAUGUGGUCACAGAGCAAAGGCUUCGACAUCGACGCUGUAGACUUUGAUUUCGCGAGUUGCAGCGCCUCUCGGGGAACUUCUCCACUACACAUGGCGGUACUUGAGGAAAAACUAGGAAUAAUCGGACCCAUGUUAACGUGUGCUUCGAGUCUAGAGCACCGCGACUCCAACCACAUGACGCCCUUGCUCCUGGCGUGCCACACACGUAACCAUAAGGUUGUCCACAUUCUUCUGGAAAGCGAGGCGUGCUUCAUUGAUGCUGAUGGGUCAGUUGUAUCCGACUACCGUGGAAAGUCUGCGUUGCACUUGUGCCAAGACAAGAAGGGAGGUGUACGUGUCGCCAAACUACUGGUGCAGCACGCACAACGGCUGGUCUGCUCAUUGCAACCCAAGGAAUUGACAACAACAGCGGGCUCCCGCGCCGAUGUCCAGCUGCUUCAGGCAGUGGAGCACGCCGGGAAGUCGGCACUUUCCCUGGCGGUCGAGAACGGAAACGAAGAGAUGGUCCAAUUCUUGUUGGAAGCCGGGGCCUGCCCAAAUCUACUUGACAACCACGGCAAAACGGCACUGUACGUGGCCUGUGAGCGAGGAGACGAGCGAAUUGUGAGGCAGUUGCUCUUGCCGAAGAACGGCUCUGCCGACCCAAAUGCCCCGGGGCCGGGCCAAUGCACGCCGCUGAUGGCCGCGUUGGAAAACGGGCCCAGCAUUGCGGUCAAGAUGGCUCUUGCUCGAAUGUUGCUAAAGGCUGGAGCAGAUCCAAGUAGAGCCGAUGGGGACGGGCGAACGGCUCUCACGGUUGCCAAGCAGUCGAGCUUCAGUUCCCAACUAGUAAGAAUGAUGCAGAGGCAGCGGCUAUGGUGA